GGCAGCCGGCGGGGCCGGGCUGCGAGGGGCGAGCGCCGCCAGCUCACGCUCACGCUCACGCCCUCGGCCGGAGCCGGCCGCUGCUGCCAAACUCGCCCGGCUCUGCGCGGGCAGGCGGCCCCCGCCCGUCCUGCCCCCGCCCCUUUCGCGCGAUGCCGGGGCGGGCGGACGCCGGGCUCCCACCAGCGGGGCACGCGGGACGGCGGCUGCACCCAGCAGGUGGCCGGCGGAUGUAAGGCCCUGAUCCAGGAUGAACGAAUGCCACUAUGAUAAACGUAUGGACUUUUUUUAUAACAUGAGCAACACUGACACAGUAGAUGAGUGGUCAGGGACAAACCUUGUUAUUGUUUUGUGUUUUGGGACCUUCUUCUGCCUGUUUAUUUUUAUUUCAAAUUCACUGGUCAUAGCAGCUGUGGUCAAAAACAAAAGAUUUCAUUUCCCUUUCUACUAUCUGCUGGCCAAUCUAGCUGCUGCAGACUUUUUUGCUGGCAUUGCCUAUGUAUAUUUGAUGUUCAACACUGGCCCUGUGUCCAAAACGCUAACUGUUAACCGAUGGUUUUUGCGUCAGGGGCUUCUGGACACCAGCCUGACAGCUUCUCUGGCUAAUUUAUUUGUGAUAGCUGUUGAGCGACACAUGUCAGUAGUGCGGAUGAGGAUUCACAGUAACCUUACAAAGAAAAGAGUCACUUUUUUAAUUUUAUUGAUCUGGGCCAUUGCUAUUUUUAUGGGGGCUGUGCCUACUUUGGGUUGGAACUGCCUUUGCAAUAUCUCAACCUGUUCUUCCCUGGCUCCUAUUUAUAGCAGAAGUUAUCUGAUAUUUUGGACUGUCUCCAAUCUAGUUGUUUUCUUCAUUAUGGUGGUGGUUUACCUAAGAAUCUACAUGUACGUCCAGAGGAAAACUAAUGUCUUAUCUCCACACACUAGUGGAUCCAUCAGCCGUAGAAGGACACCAAUGAAGCUUAUGAAGACAGUCAUGACCGUCUUAGGUGCAUUUGUUGUCUGUUGGACCCCUGGGUUGGUGGUUCUGUUGCUUGAUGGUCUGAACUGCACUCAUUGUGGGGUUCAGCAUGUGAAAAGAUGGUUCCUUCUCCUGGCCUUGCUCAACUCUGUCAUGAAUCCAGUCAUUUACUCUUACAAAGAUGAUGAAAUGUCCAACACCAUGAGACGGAUCAUGUGCUGCUCUUCUGAUGAUAAAAGCCAGGAGAGACGAUCUUCAAGGAUUCCUUCAACAGUGCUCAGCAGGAGCACAGAUACUACCAGUCAAUAUAUUGAAGACAGCAUUAUUCAAGGGACUAUCAGUGGCAAAGGAAACUCAUGAGCUAACCUGGGAUAUACUUUUCCUAAGAGAUAUGGGGUAGGAGGGGAGUGGCUUGUAACAGGAGAUCAUUUAAUAUGUUCACUCUGUUCCAUAGCCCAAACUCCACAGUGUUACGUGAAGUCCUUGUAAAUAAUUACCCAAAGGGAAAAUACAUUGUAUUGAAGAGAGAAACUUUCUGUGCUGUUUCUUUUAAGUAUAUGAGAUUGUUUUCCCCAUAAGAGGAAUAAACUUGUUGAGAGAGACUUUCUAUGCAUGGAAACAAAAUACAAACAAUAUAAUGGAACUCUCCUUGCUAGACACCUGCAGGAAGAAUUAAUUGCUAAACAAUGCAUUUGUGGCUGUCUGAAGUUAUGUAUUUGAUCAGUUUUUAUGUAUCUCCAAGGGGACAUUUUUGGGGCUGGUAGUCCAGAAAUGUGCCCUGUUUGCUGCCUCUGUUUACAAAAUGUAUAUACUAGUUCAUACAUACCCCUCCCCACACUUCAGCACAAAUAAUUCAAUACUCCCUUAAAACAAGUUAAUGCCAGCAACUUGGCAGUCAAAGGCAAGUCUAUAAUAGCAACCCAUGGUGUGCAUGUGCAACUACCCCCACCAUGGGUUGUUUGCAGGGGUAGAACACUACCAAAAGCACAAGCCAGUACUACUUGAGUGACAGGAGUGAUUGCACUAGCUGGAGGUAAUAAGUCCUUUUCCCCCCACAUCUGGGCCAAAGGGCAGGAUCACUUUGCCAGUGUGUUGCAUGUAAAUUCUGGACAUGAUUGGGUGGGAAAUGUGACUGAAAAUAGAUUUCAGUUUCAAAUUUUUACAACAAAAACGUCAUGAACAAAGCCUGUUUAAUACGAAUGAAUUUAUAUUCUUGCUGUUUUUUUUAAAAAGCCAAGUGUGUUGGAGCGAUACAAGCCAGAAUAUGAAUAGAUCUCUCACACACUAUAUAGAAAUCAGACUGGACCAGAUUUAAUCCUCUGAUUUAGAGCCGAGGAUUUUGAGGGAGAGGCCAUGAGACUGCAGAUAAUGAAGAGUUUAAUAACAUUCUUAUUUUUAAUCUGUGACUAAUCAAAUUUAAUGUGUGGAAUAACUUCCAUUAUUUGUGUUUUUAAAAAUGGCUGUAUUACCUGUGGAUUGCAUUUAGAUCAGGGACAUAUUUAAAGUUCUAGGGCAACUAUUUCAGAAAUGGUCCCUAAUUUUUGCAUGUCUCGGUGUUUGGGAGCCCAACUUUUGAAGCCCCUUCGGCCUGAGUUUCAGAAGUACUGAACUCCGCAAUUCCUUUUAAGGUCAAUGGAGCUGUGGUGCUCAGCACUACAGAAAAUCAGGCCCAAAGAAUCUUAAGCAGAUCAAUCAAAAUCAGAGUGCCUUCAGAGAACAAACUCAAUAGCAGAUGAUGUAAUGUUGAAAGAUAAUGUAACCUAUUAAUCACAGAAUCCUAGACCUGGAAGGGACCUAGUCAUCUAGUUCAGUCCCCUGCACUCAAGGCAGGACUAAGUAUUAUCUAGACCAUCCCAGGUGUUUGUCCAACCUGCUCUUAAAAAUCCCCAGUGACGGAGAUUCCACAACCUCCCUAGGCAAUUUAUUCCAGUGCUUAACCACUUUGACAGUUAAAGUUUUUCCUGAAGUCCAACCUAAACCACCCUUGCUGCAAUUUAAGCCCAUUGCUUCUUGUCCUGUUGUCAGAGGUUAAAAAGAGCAAUUUUUCUCCCUUCUCCUUGUAACAACCUUUUAGGUACUUAAAAACUGUUA